GGAAAUAAAGUUAUUGAUGAAUUUAUACAACAAUCACAACUUAAUGCUUUACAUCAUGAUAAUUGUCUUGAAUGGAUACCUUUUGAAAAAUUUCAAAAUAUCACUUUUAUUGCAGAAGGUGGUUUUGGUAAGGUUUAUUCAGCAGAAUGGUCUGAUGGAUAUAUUUACUAUUGGAGUAUUAGUAGUCAAGAAUGGUAUAGAAUGUCUAGUAAUAAAUAUGCAUUAAAAAGUUUGAAUAAUUCUUCUGAUAUAUGUUCAGAUUUUUUAAAUGAGAUUAAUUCUAUUAUUCAUAUUAAUGAUAUUAUUCAAUGUUAUGGAAUUACUCAAGAUCCAAAUAGUAAAGAGUAUAUGAUGGUUUUAUUUUAUUGUAAAAAUGGAAAUUUGAGAAAUUAUUUAAAUGAAUCAAAUAAUUAUAUUAAUUAUAAAUCAAAAAUUAAUCAAUUACAAAAAAUUGCAAAAGGACUUUUAGAUAUUCAUUAUGCUGAUAAAGUUCACAAAGAUUUUCAUUCAGGUAAUAUAUUAUUUAAUAUACUUACUCCAUUUAUAAGUGAUUUAGGAAUGUGUCAACCAGCAAAUUUAAAGCAAACAAAUAAAGAAGAAGGAAUUUAUGGAGUAUUACCAUAUGUGGCACCAGAAGUUUUACGUGGAUAUCAAUAUACAAAAGCAGCAGAUAUUUACUCAUUUGGAAUAAUAAUGAACGAAUUUCUUUCUGAAGAAAUUCCUUUUGAUGAUAUUCCUCAUGAUGGUUUUUUAGCUAUUAAAAUUUGUAAAGGAUUUAGACCAACAAUUUCUAAAAACAUACCAAAGUUACUCGUAGAUUUGAUAAUAAAAUGUUGGGAUGCUGAAAUAAAAAAUAGACCAACUGCUAAAGAAUUACAUCAACUAUUAAAGAAAUGGGAUGAUGAAAUUAAAUAUAUUGAAAAUAGUGAAGAAGGUAUCAAUAGUCAAAAUAGUGAAAUAUAUUUUCAAAUAAAAGAAUGUGAUAAAAUUAGAGAAGAAAAAUUCAAGAACAGGUCAAAUGAAAAUAAACCCAAAAGCUUCAAAACACAUCCACAAGCAAUUUAUACUAGUAGACUUUUAAAUUUUAAAGAUCUUCCAAAAUCAGAAAAUUCUUUAGAUUUAUCAUCUUUUCAAUUCAGUUCAGUUUCAGAAUGCUUAGAUCUUCAAUUAAGUGAAUUAGAACUAAAUGAAAUUUGUCAAGAUAGUGAACAUAAUAUUGAAUGAAGUUUAUUUUAUAUGAAAAUUAGAGUCAAAUAGUUUAAAUUACUAGUUUGCAUGUUAAAGUUAAUUUCACUUCUAUUUUUUAUACUUUAUAAAUUUUUAUCUUAGUUUUUUUAUUUACAUAGUAUAUUAUAUAGUAUAUAUAGAUU